AUGGACUCGUUUAUGUUGCAAGAUGAAGCGACUAAAGACCGCAUCCGCCAGGCUGAAGAGUUUCUUGACCCGCAUGACUCUCCUCACAGAAGUUACCGAUCCGAUAUUAUCUUGAUGCUGCAAAAAAACCAGCGGAGGCUAACCGUGAGCCUGGACGAUGUUCGGAACCAAAAUCUAGAGCUUGCGCAAGGCCUGUUAGCUCAUCCAUUUGAUUACACGCUGGCAUUUAACCAUGCCCUGAAAGAGAUCACAACGACAAAUGGUGUGACGACUUCGAGCGUAUAUCCUCAGGAAGACGAUGAAGGGAAUCCCCUUAUCACGGAAUAUGGCUUCUCAACGUACCGAGAUCAUCAAACUGUCUCGAUUCAAGAGAUGCCAGAGCGUGCCCCUGCGGGCCAACUUCCACGAGGUGUCGAUGUCGUCCUCGAUGACGAUCUUGUUGACAAGGUUAAGCCAGGUGAUAGAGUUCAACUAGUUGGAAUCUACCGCUCUUUGGGAAACCGGAACACCAACCACAACAGUGCAGUGUUUAAGACAGUCAUAUUGGCCAACAAUGUGGUGCUGCUUUCCUCCAAAUCGGGAGGCGGGCUCGCAACUGCAACAAUAACAGAUUCAGAUAUUCGGAGUAUCAAUAAGAUCUCCAAGAAGAAAAAUCUUCUGGACCUUCUUUCGCAGCGAUCCCUCGACCGCAAAGUCUCAGCUCCUACGUUUUGUUCUCAAUACUGCACCCUUGGCUAUCGCUACAACAGGGCGGGGUCUUCUGGAGUUGGUCUCACUGCAGCUGUUACCUCGGACAAAGAGACUGGGGAAAGGAGACUUGAAGCAGGUGCAAUGGUGAUGGCAGAUAGAGGGGUUGUUUGCAUUGACGAGUUUGACAAGAUGUCUGACAUCGACCGGGUUGCCAUCCAUGAGGUGAUGGAGCAGCAAACGGUUACAAUCGCCAAGGCCGGUAUUCACACCUCUCUUAACGCUCGGUGUAGUGUCAUCGCUGCUGCGAACCCCAUCUAUGGACAAUACGAUACUCGCAAGGAUCCCCAUAAGAAUAUUGCGCUCCCGGACUCCUUGCUCUCCCGAUUCGACCUCCUCUUUGUCGUGACCGACGACGUAGAUGAUACAAGGGAUCGACAAGUUUCAGAACAUGUUCUUCGAAUGCACCGAUAUCGCCCUGCUGGUCUUGAAGAGGGUGCGCCGAUUCGAGAGAAUAUGGGACAGUCCUUAGGUGUGGCAGCUAAUAACCACGCCGAUCCUCAACGUUCUACAGACGUGUUCGAAAAAUUUGAUCCUCUGUUGCAUGCCGGCGUCACAAGAACUUCGGGUCGUGGGCAGAACAAGAAGCCAGAAGUUCUAAGCAUUCCAUUUAUGAAGAAGUACAUUCAAUAUGCGAAGACUCGGAUAAAGCCAGUUCUUACGCAGGAGGCGGCAGACCGGAUUGGGGAGAUAUAUGUCGGGUUGCGAAAUGACGAAAUGGAAGGCAAUCAAAGGCGUACUAGCCCUCUAACCGUCCGUACAUUAGAGACGCUUAUUCGGCUUUCAACUGCUCACGCGAAGGCGAGGCUCUCUAAUCGGGUUGAACAGCGAGAUGCUCAGGCCGCUGAGGCUAUUUUGCGAUUCGCUUUAUUCAAAGAGAUCGUGGAGGACCAAUCUCGCAAAAAGCGAAGAAAAUGCAAGCCGUGGAUUGGGCAUCUUCAAGUGGCGAGGGCUCAAGCGACAACGACGAUGAUGAUGACACAGGCGAUGAUUAUCGUGGAAGCCAAAGGCCAUCGCAAGGAAGACCGACACGCAUAUCCGCUCGUGGAGGUCCCCAACGCAAACCCCGGGGGCACAGUUCAGCCGACGGCGAAUCGCAACCCGAGCACAGCACCAUUCACCACAGGGGCUCGUGGUGCCGCCUCGUCAGAUGCAACGCGGCUUAGGCAUGGGACCCGCCCAACCAGGGGAGGUUCUGUGCAGGACUCACAGUCGUUGCCUUCCUCAGAUUCCCCUGCUCUCCUUCGAGAUGAUGACCAGCUCGCUAGUGAUACCGCCAGUUUGAUGAUAAACAUCCCAAUCACAUCUCAGAGACUUAGCCUAUUUCGGGCAACUCUAGGCCAGCUUCUCAACACAACUCUCUUUGAGGAUGACGAUUCGGCCAAUGUUGAUGAUCUUAUCCGCUCUGUUAACCACAAAAUUAUAUCCGCGGGUGGUGAGAGUUAUAGUAAAGACGAGGCUAUACAGGCCUUGAAGAAAAUGGACGAAGCUACGCAAAUAAUGUUUACUGAUGGGGAACUCGUAUACAAACUCUAA